AUGCACAUUGUUACGGGAACUAUUCCUUUUACAAUCGCAGUUUUUCUUCUUGAUUCUUUUGAAUCAGCUUUUUCUUCUAGAGAAAGACAUCACGAAUUCAAAUUUCUUCAAACGUAUGCUCCAGGAGUAAGAACAUUCGUGCUUCGUGAUCGACAUAGAUGGAUCAGACGCUUACGCAUAGAUUUAGAUGUAGGAACCAAUACACAAAGCUAUUACUACAAUGUGAACGGAGCGGCGGAUAUAAGACGUAUUAUAUAUGAAAACGUCCCACACCUAAUGGCCCUACAAGAACAAGCCCAUCCACCACAAGCCGAACCAAAUGUGAAUCCACUCCACCGAUGGCAACAAGACCCACCACGCGAACGUCUAGACAGGAUGAAAAAAUAA